AAGUUUUGAAGGAACACCUUUUUCUUCGUGUUCAUUUUAGAAGCAUAAUGACACCUCCUCCUCACACCAGCUUAGCUACACUAUCCAAUCAUUAUCAUAUUAUCACAUUCACACUCAAUAUAAAUGAAUCUAAUUCCAUUUUACUAAUUAUAAUUUAGACGACACACAACCUUCUCUAGUACUUUCAUUCUUUCUUUCUCCCUUCAUCGAUCUUUAUUACUCAAAAACACACAUAGUGUGUUUUCUUGUACAUGCAAAUAAUACAGAGAAUUGACAUAUCACAAAAUGAUUCAUACUUUUGUUCUAGUUCAUAUAUUGUUGUUUGUGGUGGUUCAUGGAGAUGUAGGAGGAGGCCAGCAGCUGGUAAGUCCAUCUCAGUUGAGAAUGUUUGUGGAUGAAAUUCCAGAUAUGCCCAGAAUCAAAGGUUAUGAUGUUCUUCAUCAUGAUGGUCUUCCUGUUUCCAAGACUCUUAAAAUCACCAUGUUCCAAAAAAACUGGAAAUUUCAUAGAGAUCUGCCACCCACAAAGGUAUUCGCAUAUGGUGAAACGAAGCGCACCGCAACAGUUCCCGGUCCAACAAUCGAGGCCAUCCACGGUGUCAGCACAUAUGUGACGUGGCAAAAUCAUCUCCCUUCACAACAUAUUCUUCCAUGGGACCCCACCAUUCCAACGGCUAUACCUCGUACGAAAAUGGGCGUUCCAACAGUCGUACACCUACAUGGCGGGAUCGAUGAGCCACAAAGUGAUGGUAACUCGCACUCAUGGUUCACGGCUCGGUUUAAAGAGCGUGGGCCCAUGUGGACUAAAAAGACAUAUCAGUACCAUAAUCAGCAACAGCCCGGCAACUUAUAUUACCAUGACCACGCCAUGGGGUUGACUAGAGUCAACCUACUCGCUGGGCUGUUUGGGGCCUACAUAAUACGCCAUGAAGACGUUGAGGCCCCACUUGGAUUACCUAACGGCGAUGAAUUUGAUCGGCCGUUAGUUGUUUUUGAUCGUACCUUUAGAGCUAAUGGAUCCAUCUACAUGGACCUAAAAGGGAAUAACCCGAGUAUACAUCCACAAUGGCAACCCGAGUAUUUCGGUGAUGUCAUUGUUGUUAAUGGCAAAGCGUGGCCAUAUAUGAACGUUCGUAGGAGAAAAUACCGGUUUCGUAUCAUCAAUGCUAGUAACGCAAGGUUUUUUAAGUUCUUCUUUAGCAACGGUUUAAGUUUUAUCCAUGUGGCAUCUGACUCGGUUUAUAAUGAGGAGUCGGUAUUGGUGAAAGAGUUACUUUUGGGCCCAUCUGAGAUUGCCGACGUGGUUGUUGACUUUUCAAAGUCAAAACUUAACUCGGUUGUUCUACAUAACGGGGCGGCUUAUCCUUACCCGGGUGGAGACCCUGUCAAUGAGAGCAACGGGAAAGUCAUGAAAUUCAUCAUCAGCCGUAACCAUGAGUAUGACUCGUCAAGGGUACCAAAAAGGUUGAUAAAAUAUCCAACGCCGAAAUUGUCAGAAGUGUCAAAAACUCGUUACAUUGCAAUGUAUGAGUACACAAGCACGAUUGAUGAGCCAACACAUCUUUAUAUAAAUGCAUUGUCGUAUGAUGAUCCAGUGACCGAAAAGCCCAAGGUUGGGUCAACGGAGAUUUGGAAUGUGAUCAAUUUGACAGAGGAUAAUCACCCGUUGCAUAUUCAUCUUGGGCUUUUUAAGGUGCUGGAUCAGACAAAUAUAACAGAUAUAGAUGAAUUUAGAGAUUGUAUGACAGAGUUUAACAAUGCUGAAAAAUGUGAUAUUGAAAAAUACGCGCGUGGGAGAAAAUUGAGUGUGGAACCGUACGAGAAAGGGUGGAAGAAUGUGUAUAAGAUGCAGCCUGGAUACGUGACCAGGAUUAUUGUCAAGUUCGCCUACUUGCAUACAAAUGCAUCGUACCCCUUCGAUGCAACUGCAGAGCCAGGAUACGUCUACCAUUGCCAUAUAUUGGAUCAUGAGGAUAAUGUGAUGAUGAGGCCUUUGAAGAUGGUGAAAUAAGUCUGUAGAUAUAACAUACCAGUUUACAGAUUUUAGACAAUUGUGUGUUGUAUGAAAAACCAAAUUGUUUCAAAAAUGAUUGACGACAGCUGCAUAUUAUAUCCAGUUAUAGGUUUUGAGAGAUA